UUCAUUCAAAGUGCUCUGCUCUGCUCUCUCUGCCCUGCUGACCUGUGCAGAGGCGCCAUUGAUCCUCUUCCUCUCCACUUUCCCUCACGGUAGCAGUAGCUUUCUCGCCGCGCGCGGUGAUGGCGCCGCCGUCGCUGACGAAGAAUCAGCAGCCGCUGCUGCUGGCGGCGCUGUGCGCGUCGCUGCUCCUGGCGACGGCGGCGUCGGCGCAGAAGUACAAUGCGGUGUACAGCUUCGGCGACUCGAUCACUGACACGGGCAACCUGUGCACGAACGGCCGCCCGUCGGCGAUCACCUUCACGCAGCCUCCCUACGGCGAGACCUACUUCGGCAAGCCGACCUGCCGCUGCAGCGACGGGCGCGUGAUCGUGGACUUCCUGAGCAACCAGUUCGGCCUCCCGUUCCUGCCCCCCUCCAAGUCCACCAGCGCCGACUUCAAGAAGGGCGCCAACAUGGCCAUCACCGGCGCCACCGCCAUGGACGCGCCCUUCUUCCGGUCGCUGGGGCUGUCGGACAAGAUCUGGAACAACGGGCCCAUCAGCUUCCAAAUCCAGUGGUUCCAGCAGAUCACCUCCGCCGUCUGCGGCAGCAGCUGCAAGAGCUACCUGGCGAAGUCGCUGUUCAUCUUCGGCGAGUUCGGGGGCAACGACUACAACGCGAUGCUGUUCGGCAACUACAACACGGACCAGGCGAGCACGUACACGCCGCAGAUCAUCAGCACCAUCGGCGACGGCGUGGAGAAGCUGAUCGCGCUGGGGGCGACGGACAUCGUGGUGCCGGGGGUGCUCCCCAUCGGCUGCUUCCCCAUCUACCUCACCAUCUACGGCACCUCCAGCGCCGCCGACUACGACUCGCUCGGCUGCCUCAAGAAGUUCAACGACCUCUCCACCAACCACAACAACCAGCUGCAGACCAAGAUCUCGUCGCUGCAGGCCAAGUACAAGUCCGCCCGCAUCAUGUACGCCGACUUCUACUCCGGCGUGCUCGACAUGGUCAGGAGCCCAAGCAAAUACGGUUUCAGCUCGGUGUUCGAGGCGUGCUGCGGGUCGGGCGGCGGCAAGUACAACUACGCCAACGCGGCGCGGUGCGGGAUGUCCGGCGCCUCCGCCUGCGCCAGCCCGGCGUCGCACCUCAGCUGGGACGGCAUCCACCUCACCGAGGCCGCCUACAAGCAGAUCACCGACGGCUGGCUCAACGGCGCCUUCUGCCACCCGGCCAUCCUCCACAGCUAGCCCUUGCUAUAGCUAGGGCCUCUUCAACAUCAACUAUUAUUCAUUCGGCUGGAUCAUCAUAAGAUUAAUGUUCCAUCUGGUAUGUACUGUGGGGGGUAAGUUAUUAACCUCGCAAAGCAAAAUGGUGCUCUCGAUCUGUCUCUGUGUAAUGGUGAAAAGGGGAAAGAAACGGGUUGCCCAAGAGAGGAAAAGAUCAUGGCAGCUUUCCAAUAAUAUAUACUCUUGUUACCACUUGUA